ACACCAAAGCAGGCAUACUUGUAUCAAAGUCAGAACCCAUAGGAUUGGACACUAUGGGCACCAUUCUGGAUGCUCUCACUUCGAAAUUUUUGACAAAGCUGGUUCAACUUAUUGAAAACGAGGUUGUAAUGAUGCUAAGCAUCAAAAAGGAUAUCAAGAGGCUGAAGAAAAACCUGGAACACUUCAGCGCUGUUCGUGAGGACGCCGAAGCUCUGGCCAUGGAAGAUAGACGGAUAGAGGCAUGGUGGAAGAACAUGAGGGACGUUAUGUUUGAUGUUGAUGUCAUCAUAGAUCUUGUUAUGGUUCAUUCACAGAAGCUUUUGCUGCCACCUAGAUCGGUAUAUUGCAAUCAGUCUAUGGUCUCUUGUUUUGGAAAGCUUUCAUUUGAUCCCAAGGUGGCUAGAAGAAUUAAGGACAUAAAUGAUAAGCUUGAUGAGAUUAAAAUGAACACAGAGAUGUUCAACCUGGGUAGAACAAGUUGUCAACAAUUUCAAGUAACAUUUGUGGAUAGAAAUAAGACAUCUCCUGUUGAUGAACUAGAGGUUGUCGGAAAACAGAUCAAACAGUCCGUUGAUGACAUGGUACAAAUUAUUGUCAGUAGCUUCCACGAGAAUAGGUCAAGCGUUUUGGGGAUCCAAGGGAUGGGAGGCAUCGGUAAGACGACACUAGCUCAGAAGAUAUAUAAUGAGCAGGUGAUAAGAGAGGAAUUCCAAGUUCAUAUAUGGUUAUGCAUUUCUCAGAGCUAUACAGAGACCGGGUUGUUAAAGCAGGCAAUACGAAUGGCUGGAGAAAAGUGUGAUCAAUUAGAGACCAAAACCGAGCUUCUGCCACUUUUACUGGACACUAUCAAAGGAAAGAGUGUAUUUCUUGUGCUGGAUGAUGUGUGGAAAUCUGAUGUAUGGAUUGAUCUUCUUCGAUCGCCUUUCAUGAGAGCCUCGAAUUGCCAUGUCCUUGUCACCACAAGAAAUCAUGAUGUUUUGGCAGAAAUGCAUGCAACAUAUACUCACCAAGUAAACACAAUGAAUUAUGAUGAUGGCUUAGAGCUGCUUAUGAAGAAGUCCUUCCAGCCUUACGAGCAAAUAAGUGAAUUCAAGAAUGUUGGGUAUGAAAUUGUAAAGAAAUGUGAUGGUCUUCCUCUCGCUAUCAAGGUUGUUGCAGGUGUCCUAUCUACCAAAAGAACAACUCUGGAAUGGAAGAGCAUCCGAGAUAGCAAAUGGUCCAUUCACGGACUCCCAGAGGAACUCGCAGGCUCCCUGUAUUUAAGUUACAGCAACUUACCCCCUGAACUUAAACAGUGCUUUCUCUGGUGUGCAUUGCUGCCUCCUAAUUUUGAAAUCCGUCGUGAUGCUGUAUCUUACUGGUGGGUGGCCGAAGGUUUUGUGAGGAAAGAGCAUGAGUUAUCAAUUCAUGAAAUAGCUGAAGAGUAUUACCUUGAGCUAGUUAGGAGGAAUCUUCUUCAGCCAAUACCAGUGUUCGUGGACAAGGGUGUGUCAACGAUGCACGAUCUAUUGAGGUCACUUGGACAAUUUCUAACAAAGGACCACUCCCUUUUCAUAAAUGGACAAAGUAAUGGUGCCAUGUCAAAUCUGCGCCGCUUAGGUAUAAGUGAUGCUGUAGAAGAAAUACCCUCUCUAGAAGAGCACAAGUGCUUGAGGAGCCUCCUACUUUUUAACAACAAGAACUUCAAGUCAGUCGACAAGGACAUUUUCAGAAAGCUUCAGCAUAUCCGUGUCUUAGUUCUCAGUCGAACAAGCAUCCAAAACAUACCGGAGUCACUGGGAAGGUUGGUGCUAUUAAGGUUGCUAGAUCUGAGCUAUACGGAAAUUAACAAACUUCCAGAUUCCACAGGUAGCCUCAUCAGCCUUGAAUACCUCUCGUUGCUUGGUUGCCGCCAAUUGGAUAGCCUACCAGCAGGUCUGAUGAGACUGACUAAACUAAGUUUUUUGUGGCUAGAGCAUACUGCAAUUGAUCAUGUUCCAAAAGGCAUUGCAAAGUUUCAGCAGCUCUACGGCCUAAAAGGAGUUUUCGAGAGUGGGACUGGAUUCAAAUUAGAUGAGUUGCGAUACCUUCCCAAUAUCCAACGUCUGUGGAUUGAGAAGCUAGAGAAAGCUGCACCAGGAGGUGAUCUUGUACUUAAGGACAGCCAUAAUCUUAGAGAACUGGGACUGUGCUGCACAGUGGCUAGUACUCAAGAGAUAAUUCGGUACCAGAUUCAUGAGGUUGAGAGAAUUCAGCAAGUCUAUGAUAUGCUUAUUCCAUCACCAAGCCUAGAAUAUAUUUUUGUUGUUGCAUUCCCUGGUACAGUGUUCCCAGGAUGGCUAGGUUCAAAACCAGAGCUUACUAUGCCCAAUUUGCGUCAUAUGCACCUGAAUGUGUGCAUAUCAUGUUUAGAGCUUCCACCCGCAGGCCAGAUGCCACACCUACAAGUUUUUCAGAUUGAAGGUGCCGAUGCUAUAGAGAGCAUUGGCACGGAAUUCCUGGGUAGAGGAGUCGGAAGUCCAACAGUCUUUUUCCCAGAGCUUGAACUACUUCACAUCACUCGCAUGUGCAGUUUGCAAAGUUGGUCCCUCGACACUGGGAAUCCCUGUGAUAUUAUGGAGGGCAAUCUUCCACAGUUUCUGAUGCCUAAACUUAAGCGGCUGCUACUUGUUGAUUGCCCAAAACUGAGAGCUCUCCCUUCGGUUUUGUUGAUUAACCUGACGAGAAUCCACAUUGAAGAUGCUCAUGAGCUGAAAGAUGUUGUGGACCUUCCUGCAGUUGUGUGGCUCAAGCUGAAGAACAACUCGAGUUUGAGGAGGAUCUCCAGCCUAGGGAGGCUGCAGGACCUGCUUGCGCAGGACUGCCCAAUGCUGGAUCAAGCAAACAACCUGUGGUCGCUGAGACGAGUGUAUAUGAUUGACUGUAUGCGUGCCCAAGAAUUCAGGAAUUGUCUCACGGAAGAAGAACAAGGAAUCCUGUUCCAUGUUGCCACAGAUGGACGUAAUAUCUUCCCAGAUGAAACUCUCUACAAUUAAACAGGUUUAUAGCACCAGCGCUGGGCGCAUUAUGUCACGAUUGAGCAGCUGCUUAGGGAUUCAGCAAAAGCAUUCAUCAUACCAUGAAGCCUCGGAGCACAAUGGAUGUUUGAUCGUAUUCAGACAACAAAAGGUCUCUGUUCGUUGAAUUCUGGAGUGUGAUGUUAUUGUUCUUUCCAUCGCUUAGAAUUCUGGAGUGUGAUUGUUAUUGUCCUUUCCAUCGCUUAUUUCCUUCGUGCGUGUUCAUGUGGGGUCAGGUUAAUAUUCACUUGGGCUGCCUACAGAGAAUAGAUAAGGUAGUCAGCAAAAAUGGCAUGAUAAACUUGAAGCUGAUGCUAGCCAGUUGCAAUUGCUGCAUUUUUUAUUCCAUCAGCAAGUUGU